UCCCAGUCCUGGGUCCCUCCUGGCGCGAUGGCGGAGGAAGGCGCGGUGGCGGUCUGCGUGCGAGUCCGGCCGCUUAACAGCAGGGAAGAAGUACCUGGAGACCCUAUCCAAGUUCACUGGAAAACGGACAGUAACACUAUUUAUCAAGUGGAUGGAAGUAAAUCCUUUAAUUUUGAUCGUGUCUUCCAUAGCAAUGAAACUACCAAACACGUGUAUGAAGAAAUAGCAGUACCGAUCAUCGACUCUGCCAUACAAGGCUACAAUGGUACCAUAUUUGCCUACGGGCAAACUGCUUCGGGAAAAACAUACACUAUGAUGGGCUCUCAAGACUCUUUGGGAGUCAUACCUAGGGCGAUUCAUGACAUCUUCCAAAAAAUUAAGAAGUUUCCGGAAAGGGAAUUUCUCCUUCGUGUGUCUUACAUGGAGAUAUACAAUGAAACUAUUACAGAUUUACUAUGUGACACUCAGAAAAUGAAACCUUUAAUAAUCCGGGAAGAUUUCAAUAGGAAUGUGUAUGUUGCUGAUCUCACAGAAGAGGUGGUUUAUACAUCAGAAAUGGCUUUGAAAUGGAUCACAAAAGGAGAAAAGAGCAGACAUUAUGGAAUAACAAAAAUGAAUCAAAGAAGCAGUCGUUCUCAUACCAUUUUUAGAAUGAUUUUGGAAAGUAGAGAGAAAGGCGAACCUUCGAACUGUGAAGGCUCUGUCAAGGUGUCCCAUCUGAACUUGGUUGACCUUGCAGGCAGUGAAAGAGCUGCUCAAACAGGAGCCGAAGGUGUGCGACUCAAGGAAGGCUGUAAUAUAAAUCGAAGCUUGUUUAUUUUGGGACAAGUGAUCAAGAAACUUAGCGAUGGGCAAGUCGGUGGUUUCAUAAAUUAUCGAGAUAGCAAAUUAACACGAAUUCUCCAGAAUUCCUUGGGAGGAAAUGCAAAAACACGUAUUAUCUGCACGGUCACUCCGGCGUCUUUUGAUGAAACCCUUACUACUCUUCAGUUUGCCAGCACUGCCAAAUACAUGAAGAAUACUCCUUAUGUUAAUGAAGUAUCAAGUGAUGAAGCGCUCUUGAAAAGAUACAGAAAAGAAAUAAUGGAUCUGAAAAAACAGUUAGAAGAGGUUUCUUUAAAGACUCGGGCCCAGGCAAUGGAAAAAGAUCAACUGGCCCAACUUUUGGAUGAAAAAGAUUUGCUUCAAAAAGUACAGGAUGAGAAAAUUCAAAACUUAACCCGGAUGUUGGUGACCUCUUCUUCCCUCACAUCACUGCAGGAACUAAAGGCUAAAAGAAAACGAAGAGUUACUUGGUGCCUUGGCAAAAUUAAUAAAUUGAAGGACUCAAACUAUGCAAAUGAGUUUAACGUGCCACUGAAUGUAACAACAAAAACACACAAGGACGCUGUGACUACAUUAGGAGAGAUUGACGAGUCCCUGUGUUCAGAGUCUGACGCCCUCAGUAACACGCUUGACACCUUAGCAGAGAUGGAGUGGAACCCGGCGACAAAGCUGCUGAGUCAGGAAUAUUUAGAAAGUGAGUUGAGCUCACUUCGUGCUAACUAUGAUAAUCUGGUGUUAGACUAUGAACGACUAAGAAAAGAAAAUGAAGAAAUGGAAUUGAAAUUAAAAGAAAAGAAUGAUUUGGAUGAAUUUGAGGCUCUGGAAAGAAAAACUGAGAAAGAUCAAGAGAUGCAACUAAUUCAUGAAAUUUCCAACUUAAAGAAUUUAGUUAAGCAUGCAGAACUGUAUAACCAAGACCUCGAGAAUGAGCUAAGUUCAAAAGUAGAGCUGCUUAGAGAAAAGGAAGACCAGAUCAAGAAGCUACAGAAAUACAUAGACUCUCAGAAGUCAGAAAACAUAACAGCGGAUUUAUCGCAGUCAUCGGAGAACACCGAGGAUCUAAAACAAAUGAAACAGACACUGUUUGAUGCUGAAACUGUAGCCCUUGAUGCCAAGAGAGAAUCAGCCUUUCUUAGAAGUGAAAAUUUGGAGCUAAAAGAGAAAAUGAAAGAACUCGCGAAUGCAUGCAAGCAAAUGGAAAGUGAUAUUCAGUUAUCUCAAAGCCAGUUGGAGACAAAAAAGAAAAUGCAAGUUGAUCUAGAGAAAGAAUUACAAUCUGCUUUUAAUGAAAUAACAAAACUCACCUCCCUUGUAGAUGGCAAAGUUCCAAAAGAUGUGCUCUGCAAUUUGGAAUUGGAAAGAAAGAUUACUGACCUCCGAAAAGAACUGAAUAAAGCAGCUGAAGACAAUGAAGCUUUGCGGAAAGAAGUAAACUUGCUCUCAGAAUUAAAAUCUUUACCCUCUGAAGUAGAGAUGCUGAGGAAAGAGAUACAUGAUAAAUCUGAAGAACUCGAUGUAAUAACGUCAGAAAAAGACAGAUUGUUUUCCGAAGCAGUUUCUAAGGAGAGCAAAAUUCAAAGUUUACUUGAAGAAAUUGAGAAAACUAAAGACAUCCUAGCAGCAACCGAGUUGAAUUAUAAAAACACUGAUCAAGAGUUACAGGAUUUCAAAACCCUGCAUAUGCAAUUUGAGCAAAAGUAUAAGAUGGUUCUUGAGGAAAAUGAGAAAAUGAAUCAGGAAAUUGGAAACUUCUCCCAAGAAACGCAAAAAUUUAGUUUAAGUCUGGAUGCUCUGAAAACUGAGCUCUCUCAUGCUACCCAAGAACUUCAGCAGAAAACAACCGAGGGUCAAGAAAGAGCCAAUGCAAUGGAGCAGCUGAAGGAACAAUUAGAAAAUAGAAAUUCUAGGCUGCAAACUAUGGAAAAGGAGAAAACGCUGAUAACUGACAAACUUCAGCAAACCUUAGAGGAAGUAAGAAUCUUAACUCAAGAAAAAGGUGAAUUAAAACAGCUCCAGGAGAGCCUGCAAACUGAGAGAGACCAACUCCAAAGCGAUAUUCAGGAGGCCGUAAGUGCGAACAUAGAUACUCAGGAACAAUUACGAAAUGCUCUCGAGUCUUUGAAACAACAUCAAGAAACAAUAAACACACUAAAAAUGAAAUCUUCUGAGGAGACAUCCAGGAAUUUGCAUAAAGAGGAAAACAUAGAAGCUAAAGAUGAAUUUCAGCAUAAGAUGGUGGACGGAGAUAAAAAACAGAAUUUAGAUGCCAAAGAAACCCACACACUGACUGCAGACGUGACGGGUAAUGAGAUAAGUGAACAACAGAAGAAGAUACUUUCUUUGAUGCAGGAGAAGAACGAACUCCAGCAACUGUUAGAGAGUAUCCUGGCAGAAAAGGAGCAGUUGAGGACUGACCUAAAGGAGAGCAUCGAGAUGACCAUUGAAAACCAGGAAGAAUUAAGAAUUCUUGGAAAUGAACUUAAAAAGCAACAAGAAAUAGUUGCACAAGAAAAGAACCAUACCAUAAAGAAAGAAGAAGAACUUGCCAAGACUUCUGAGAGACUGUCAGAGGCUGAAGAAAUGCUCCGAGAACAGAGCCAACAACUCCAAGAAAAACAGCAACAACUUCUUAGCGUACAAGAGGAGAUGAGUGAAAUGCAGAAGAAGAUGAAUGAGAUGGAGAAUUUAAAGAAUAAAUUAAAAAACCAAGAGUUAACAUUGGAGCGUGUGGAAACAGAGAGGCUUGAGCUGGCUCAAAAACUUCAGGAAAAUUAUGAGGAAAUGAAAUAUCUAACCAAAGAAAGAAAUGAUCUAAAGGAAUUACAAGAGUCAUUUGAAAUAGAGAAAGACCAACUUAAAGGCUAUAUAAAAGAAAUUGAAGCUACAGACCUACAAAUAAAAGAAGAACUGAAAAUUGCUCACAUGCAUCUGAAAGAACACCAAGAAACUAUUGAUGAACUAAGGAGGAGCAUUUCUGAGAAGACAACUCCAAUAAUAUAUCCUAAGGACUUAGAAAAAUCCAGUGCUGAAUUACAAGAAAAGAUCCCAGUGCUUCAUGAGAAAGAGGAGCUACUUCCUAGUGGGAGAGAAGUCAGUGAGAUUCAGGAAACGACGGAACUGGACAAACUGGCAGAAAGCAAGGGUUCCACGGUGCCCACAAGCCUAGAAACAGAAAGCCUCGGGGUGAUGGAGGAACUUCAAGAAAGUCGCGAGGAAAUAAAGUCUCUAACUAUGGAAAGAGAUGACCUCAAAAUGAUAAAGGAAGCACUUCAAGUUGAAUGUGACCAGCUGAAAGAAGACAUUAAAAAGACUUUGGCUAAGCACCCAGAAGCUCAAGAUAAACAAGAACAGUCCUUCAGUAUGAAGGAAAAAGACACCGAAACUCCAACCAUAAUGGACGAGAUGGAGCAGUUGAAGGAGCAGUUGAAAGCCAAAGACUCCGCGCUGCUGAGACUAGAAAUGGAGACGAUCAUGUUGUCUGGGAGACUUCAAGAAAGUCACAAGGAAAUGGAAUCUGCAGCUAAGGAAAGAGAGGACCUACAGAGGCUGCAGGAAGGUCUUCAGUCAGAAAACAACCAACUCAAAGAAAACAUAGGGGAAAUUAUGGCGAAACACUUGGAAACUGAAGAGGAGCUCAAAGUUGCUCGUUGUUGUCUGAAGGAACGAGAAGAAACUAUUGAGGAGCUGAGAGUGAAUCUUGCAGAGAAGGAGACUGAAAUAUCAAGCAUUCAGAAGGAAUUAGAAGCAACCAGUGACAAGUCGCAGCACAAGAUCCAAGAGUGUCUUGUUUAUGAGAAACAAGAACAAAUUAUUAGUGUAAAAGAAAUUAAUGAAACUCAAGAAAAAAUGAGUGAAUUGGAACAAUUCAAGGACUGUCUCAAAGCCAAAGACUCGGCACUGCAAAGUGUAGGAAGUGAGAAGCUCAGCUUGGCCAAGAGCCUUCAAGAGAGUCAAGAAGAAAUAAAAAUUAUAAUUAAGGAAAGAGAUGAACUGAGAAGGGCACAGGAGGCCCUUCAAAUGGAGAGAGACGAGCUGAAAGAAAACGUUCAGGAACUUGAAGCUAAAAUACAAGAAUUCCAGGAGAAAGAACAUCAACUUCUUAAAAUGAGAAAUGUCAGUGAGAGUCAGGAGGGAGUGUGUGAAAUGGAGCGUUUAAAGGAGCAGUUUGAGGCCCAGAAAUCCACCCUGGAAAAUAUAGAAAUGGAGAACAUAAGGUUGAAUCAGAUACUUCAUGAAAACCUUGAAGAAAUGAGAUCUAUAACAAAAGAAAGAGAUGACCUUAAGAGUCUGGAAGAGUCUCUCACAGUAGAGAGAGACCAGCUAAAGGAAAACCUGAAAGAAGCCGUAAUUAGAGACCUGGAUAAACAAGAGGAACUAAAAGCUGUUCAUGUGCACCUGAAAGAACACCAAGAAACUAUCGAUAAACUCAGAGGGAUUGUUUCUGAGAAGACAGGUGAAAUAUCAAAUAUGCAAAAGGACUUAGAAAAUUCAGCUGCUGCCUUAAAAACCCAGAUCCAAGAACUUCAAGAGAAAGAACAUCAACUUCUUAACAUACAAAAUGAUCUCAGGGAAGCCAUGUAUCAGUCAGAACAACUGAAGGCGCAAUUAGAGGCCCAGAACUCAACUCUGGAAAGUGUUGAAAUGGAAAAAGUAAGGUUGAGUCAGAAACUCCAUGAAAAUCUCGAGGAACUCCGAUUUGUUGCCAAGGAAAACGACGGCCUGAGGAGAGUGGAGGAGGGCCUCCAGAUGGAGCGGGACCAGCUCAGGGAAAGCCUCAGAGAAAGAGGCCUCACGGAUCUGAAAAGAGAAGAGGAACUAAGAGCUGUUCGUGUGCAUUUGAAAGAGCACCAGGAGACCAUCCAUACACUCAGAGGGCUUGUUUCUGAGAAGACAGAGGAAAUAUCAAAUAUGCAAAUAGAUUUAGACAAUUCGAACACUAAAUUACAAGAAAAGAUUCAAGAGCUUGAAGCGUGCAAACAUCAGCUUUUUAAGUUAAAAGAAGUUGUCAGUGAGGCAAAGAAAAAGGAGUCUGAAAUGGAACGACUGAAGAAACAAUUUAAAGAUCAAAGUUUAAUUCUGGACAAAUUGGAAAUGGAGAACUUAAAUUUGGCUCAGAAACUUCAUGAAAAUCUUGAAGAAACGCAAUCCAUAAUGAAAGAAAGAGACAAUCUAAGGAGAAUGGAGGAAGCUCUCGCCCUGGAGAGAGACCGGCUGCAGGAAAGGCUGCAGGAGACCCUCGCCAGGGAUAUGGAAACACAACGGGAGCUGAAAACUGUUCGUAUGCGUUUGGAAGAACACCAAGAAACUAUUGAUAAAUUUAGAGAAAAGGUUGCAAAAGAGACAACCCAAAUUUCAAACCUUCAAAUGGAUUUAGAUAAAUCAGAAGAUGAGUUACAAAGAAUGACCCAUGAACUUCAGAAAAAAGAACUCCUACUUCUUAAAGUAAAGGAAGAUGUCAGUCAAGCUCAUAAAAUAAUUAAUGAAGUAGAACAAUUGAAGAGGCAGUUUGAGGCCCAGAGUUUAUCUUUGCAAAGUGUGGAAAUGGAAAACUUGCACUUGAAUAAGAAACUUCAUGAGAACCUUGAAGAGAUGAGGAUGGUAGCUAAGGAGAGAGAGGAGCUGAAGAGGAUGAAAGAGUUUCGCCAAAUGGAAAGAGACCAGCUCAGAGAGACCUUGACAGAAACAAGAGCUAGACAGGAGCAGCAGAAGCGUGGAGAGAAAGUGCAGUUCGAAGGCGGGUCACAGAGUGGCGGACAGCACCGUAUAGAGAGCCUGCGAGAAAAGAGUGCGAGGAUACGAGAGCUUCUGAAGAGAUACUCAGAGAUGGAGAAUUAUUAUGAGGACCUGAGUAGUUUGUCACUUAACCUAGAGAAGGAGAUUGAAACCCAAAAAGAGCUUUCACUUAGAGUAAAAGCAAGCCUCUCACUUCCGUCUCCACAAACCAAACAGAUUCAAAAACUGCUUACGGCAAACCAGAGAUGUUCCAUGGAAUCCCACAGAGUCAUGAACAAACUUAAGUACGUGUUAAGCUGUGUCACAAAGAUAAAAGAAGAACAACAUGAAUCCAUCAAUAGAUUUGAAAUGGUCGUGAUUGAUGAAAUAGAAAAACAAAAUGAACUGCUAAUUAAAAUACAGAACCUUCAACAAGAUUAUGAAGUACCAGCCAGAGAACUAAGGGAACUCAGAUUGAACCAGAAUAUGGACCUACAUAUUAAGGAAAUUCUCACAGACCUCUCAGAAAAUGAGUUCUCCAGCAUAAAGACUGAAUUUCAGCAAGUCCUCAGAAAUAGAAAAGAAAUGACACAGUUUUUGGGAGAGUGGUUGAAUGUUCAUUUUGAUAUAGAAAAGCUUAGAAAUGGCAUUCAGAAAGAGAAUGAUAAGAUUUGCCAAGUGAAUAACUUCUAUAAUAACAAAAUAAUUGCCAUAAUGAAUGAAUCAACAGUGUUUGAGGAAAGAAGUGCUACCAUGUCUAAAGAGUGGGAACAGGACCUGAAGUCCCUGAAAGAGAGAAACGAAAAACUGCUUAAACACUACCAAACCUUGACACGCUCCCUGGCACCUGGUACCCACGUUAAUCCUACUGCACCGGAUAACAAGAACCCUCCUGUUAUGUCAAGAGCUGCACAGCAGACCACAGAGAAAAUCCGGGAGCUAGAAACCUCACUGCGUGGAGCUCAGGAGAGUGCUAGACACAAGGAAGGCACGAUUAUAAAAAUGCAGAAAGAGCUCGAGAUGACUAACGACAAAGUAACGAAACUUCAAGCCGAAGUCAAUGAAUCACAUAAGUACCUCAAAAAAACAAAAGAAACAAUCCAAGAACUUGAGGGCAAAAUUGCUUUAGGAGCUAAGCCCUAUAAAGAAGAAAUUGAAGAUCUCAAAAUGAAGCUGGUGAAAGCAGACCUCGAGAGGAUGCAGGAUACCAAAGGAUUUGAAAAGGAAAUUGCUGCUGCAAAAGCCACUGUAGAACAUCAGAAAGAAAUGAUCCGGGUACUGAGAGAAAACCUUAGAAGAAACCAACAAGCCCAAGAUACCUCAAUGAUCUCAGAACCUGCUGAUUCUCAACCUUCCAGUAAACCCUUAACCUGCGGGGGUGGCAGUGGCAUUGUUCAGAGCACCAAAGCCCUUAUCUUAAAAAGCGAAUAUAUACGGCUAGAAAAGGAAAUGUCCAAGUUAAAGCAGCAAAAUGAACAGCUAAUGAAGCAAAAGAGUGAGCUCCUGAGCAAUAAUAGGUAUCUUUCCAAUGAGCUAAAAAACAUGAAGGAAAGAGCCCUCAACAAAGAGGCUCGCAAAGAGAUAACUUGUGAGAAUUCUCCCAAGUCUCCUAAAGUGACUGGAACAACUUCUAAAAAGAAGCAGACGACGCCCUCUUGGUGCAAGGAGCGGAACUCCCAGGACACUGUGCCCCAGGAGCCGCCCAGGUCGUGGUUCUUCGACAACCGCUCCAAGUCUUUGCCGUCGCCUCACCCGGUUCGCUACUUUGAUAACUCGGGCCUAGGCCUCUGCCCAGAGGAAGAGACCACAGGAGCAGAGAACGUGGAUCCUCAGCCCCGUCCCUGGCACGCCACAGCAGGAAAAGAUGUUCCCGAGUGCAAAACUCAGUAGGCUCCUCUCCUGGCACGUUGCGGGCCGGCGUUCUUCGUGUGGACAUGGCUUUGUGCCCUUGCGUGUCUGAGCUGACCCUGGUGACGGUGUCAUACCACAGCUUAGUCCCAGUCAGGGGAUGAAGGACAGAAGAAGCACGCCCCCCAGUACGGCAGAGUGCUGGAAGCAACACCUUCUUGCACGUGGUAAUAUUUUAAAAGUCGAAUGGUUUUAUUUAUUUAUAUAUUUUGUAAAGAAUAAAGUUAUUGGAAAUGUCUAGCCUUUCCAUGGAUGCAUAAAAUACACAUUUAUAACUGUUCCACUUUAUUAUUAUUGUUCCUCUUUUGGUCCUUCUUUCUUUUUUUUUAAGCUUACUUAUCUAUUUACUCAUGAGAGAAAAAGCAAGCACCCUCGACAGACCCUCACUGCAGUCCUCCCCGGCUUUCUCACCAGUCAAGCCCGUGGGCUGGCACAGGUUGCCAUGUGCAGGGAGACCAGGAACGGAGCCCAACGUUCUCGGGGCUCCCAGCGUCACCACAGCUCUCACCGUAAUCAGGUGUGGUAGGAAAAGCGCUGUGUAUCCGCAGGGGUCCUGCACUGCCCACCUGCAGGCAGCAGCCAGGCCUUGAGCACGGCCCCCACUGAGCGGGGAGCACAGUGCUAAUGGUUCCCUUUCUUCCUGCGACUGUCAAGAUUUAGCCAUGAAAAUAUGCACGCACUUUCUGGAUUUAAAUCCUUAUGGGGUCACAGAAGCUGUGGCUCUGAGCCUUCCAAUCUGAAUCUUACUACAUGGUGGUCUUCGUUGCCUCGCCUCCUCACUGCAAACUCUCAUUCACUCUGCCUCAUUCCAGACCUGAGAAAGCAGGUCCAAGUUUCUCUAACAGUCUCUAAGCCUGAGGUCCUCAGACACAGAAAGCACAC